ACAUUUUUAUGAAGUAAAACAAAAACACAUGAAUGCAUUAAAAGAAACAACUAAACUCAAAAACCAAUACCAAAUCUAAGUCACUAUACAUCGAUCUCAUUCAUUCAUUCAUCUUCAUGUUACUAUUCUCUUCUACUCUCUCUCUCUGUUCUUUUUCUUUUGUUCUUUUGGGCCCUUUCCUUUUCCGUAGGCAAUGGAUCAUAAAAGAUGUUUGCCAUUGCUUUAAAAAAAGCACAUUAAUUAAUCUUAAAAACCUUGUCACAUUGCAACCAAUACAAGAACAAAGAAAAAUGGUACCAUUCCAUUGAGUUAUUAGAACUUGGAAGAGAAAACAAAAGAACAUAAACAUAAGCAUCAUUAACAUAUAUGGAAGAAGGUGCAGAGAAAGAGUUAGAGAACAAGAAAACUAUAGAACAACAAGAACAGCAACAACACUUCAACAAUAACGUUAAGGUUAGAGCUUGUGACAUGCCACUCAAUUUGCAGAAUCAUGCUUUUCGUUGUGCAUUUGAUCUCUUGGAUUCUAUGCCAUCAAAGAAUCGUGAUACUAAACGUCUUGCUCUUACCCUUAAGAAGGAAUUUGACUCUACCUAUGGUCCAGCUUGGCACUGCAUUGUAGGUACUAGCUUUGGUUCCUAUGUCACUCAUUCUGUUGGUGGUUUCUUGUAUUUUUCCAUUAACAAAGUUCAUAUCCUUCUCUUCAAGACUGCUGUUGAACCAUUACAUCAUUCAUAACUUCAACCACAUAUGUUAGAGCUAUUUGUUGCAAAUUAAUGAUUGAUGCACUAUUGCACUUCAAUAUGGAUAUUUAGUACUUAGGAGAGCAUUUGAGUCUGUAAUUUGUUGUAACAAGCUACAAAGAUAUUAUUCACUUAGGGGAUGAAUGUAUUGGAUUGAGAUUUCAAUGAAUUUUAAAAGACUUUUUUAUGCCGACUAAUAGAAUUCAAAAUUGGUUGCUUA